AUGUUGGAGUCGAGUGGAGUGGCUUUUACUACUUUCCAGUUCUCAAGGGCUGCAUUUACAUGGUGGGAGGAUUUGGAGAGGCGUAGGCCUGUUGGUGCAACGCCCCUUACAAGGGAGCGUGAGGAGAGGGCGGCCAAGAGGCCUCGAGGUUCAGGCAGUUUUAGUGGUGCUCCAUCUAGGGGCCAGUUCCAGCGUGCACCAGGCAGUUGCGACGAGUGCGGUGAGUUUGGCCAUAUGAAGAGGGAUUGUCCUCGACGUCGUGGUGGUCGGUUUCAGCAGAGGGAUCAGUCCUCGUCUUCUACUCCAUCUACUUCAGCACCCUCCCAGUCAGGUAGGGGUUGGGGCCAGGCAGCCAGGGGCCGCCCUAGGGGUGGAGACCGAUCUGGUGGUGGCCAGGAGGGAGCUCCGCAGAAGCGGAGUUUUAGCCGCAAAAGCGAAAUGGGAAUUUUUAAUGAGAAUCCGCAAAAGCGGGAAUUUGGCCGCAGAAGCGGUACUGCAAAAGCCGAAGCGGGACCGCAGAAGCGAAAGUCGACUGGACAGAAGGGUUAA